GUGUGCCUUCGGUCGAUUAUAGUCAGCGGUUUUUCCUAAAAAAUUCUCUUCUUUCGUCCUGUCUCAACGAAGUAAACAGAAAUGGCUAAACGUACAAAAAAGGUGGGGGUUGUUGGAAAAUAUGGAACAAGAUAUGGUGCUUCGUUGAGAAAAAUGAUUAAAAAAAUCGAGGUUUCCCAACACGCGAGAUACACAUGCACAUUUUGUGGAAAAGACACACUAAAAAGAAGAUGUGUUGGUAUAUGGCACUGUAAAGGCUGUAAUAAGACUAUGGCAGGUGGAGCUUGGGUUGUCAGUACCACUGCUGCCGCUACAGUGAGAAGUGCUGUACGUCGUCUUCGUGAAAUAAAGGAAACUUAAAUGAACUUGUUAAUAAAAUCUGAGAAACUAGA